UUAUGUGGAAUACAUUCCAGAACUCCUCCCAAGUGGAUCCAUUUUUAAGAAUAGUUUUCAAGCUGUCUUUGUCCCACCGGCUGGAAAGGGGCGUUCUGCACAGAGACAAUUUCAGUGUGUGAUCCCGAGCACAGCCCUCUGCAUAAGUGCCGGCAAGGUUCCACCUGUGUCCCACUGCCCGAUGGCUACACCUGCCACUGUCCACUAGGAACCACUGGCAUCUACUGUGAUCAAGCCCUAACCAUAAGUGAUGCAUCUUUCAGUAGCAACAAAUCUUCCUGGAUGUCCUUUGAUUCCUUCAAUAUUCGACACAAGGUUCAUAUCCAGCUGCAAUUCCAGACCCAUUCGGAAAAUGGCAUCCUCUUUUAUACUGCCCAGCACCUGAGUCCAAGAUCAGGUGAUUUCUUAAGUAUCUCCUUAGCAAGCGGAUAUGUACAACUGCGCUACAACCUUGGUGACAGAACUGUAAUUUUGCAGACAUUUCAGAAUGUACGCAUCACAAACGGCACAUGGUACCUACUUAAAGCAGGAAGAGUUGGCAAUGAAGGCUACCUGGACCUCAACGGCAUCAAUAUAACCCAGAAACCCACCAGUGGCAUGACUGCCUUAGACACACACACAGAUUUCUAUGUAGGAGGGGUAUCUCCUUUAAGCAUGGUUAAUCCCAUGGCGGUUAAGAAUGAGCCCAUUGGCUUUACUGGCUGCAUUCGAGAGGUUCUGGUCAAUGACAAAGAAUUAAAACUCACUGAGCACAGUGCUAAAGGUGGUGCAAAUAUAGGGGAUUGUGAUGGAACCCCUUGUGGGUACAAAGUAUGUAAAAACAAUGGAACAUGUAGAUUUGAAACCUCUAGUUUUUCUUGCUUAUGCCCCAAGCACUGGACGGGUAAGUUAUGUGAACAAUCUAUUUAUUGUUCAAAUAGUAAGUGCCUGCAUGGUGGUAUUUGUAUUCCCAAUCCUGUUCUAUUUUCAUCCAGGUGUGCAUGUAGACUUGGCUGGACAGGCCUCCAGUGUGAAAAACAGGUAUCAUUUUUUAGUGCAAAAUUCACAGGUAAUUCAUUCAUCAAAUACAGAGAUCCCAUUUAUCAUACAAGGGACCUCAGAUUUACUAAACUCUCUUUCAAUUUUACUACCAGUCAGAUGCAUGGUUUACUUGUAUGGUUAGGAAAGGCGGAGAAUGAAGACAAUGAUUUCCUUGCAGUAGGACUUGCUGACGGAAUGCUGAAAGUUGUAGUUAACCUUGGAGAAAGAAUUGGCAUCCCUCUUGUUGUACGCACAAAUUCUCUGUGUUGCAAAAAAUGGCAUUUUGUCACCAUUGCACAAAAUGAGACACUCAUUAAAGUGUAUCUUGAUGGGGAACUGGUUCUCUUUGAAGAUCUAGACCCACAAAGAAAAUACUUAGUUCUAAACUAUGCAGGCAUUUGCUAUUUUGGAGGAUUUGGGCUUGAUGAGAGUGUACAAACUGUUACCUCAGGGCUUUUUAAUCAGGGGCUAAUUGGUAAAAUUAAGGAUGUUGCUCUCUUUCAUGAUUCCAAGAAGAUCAUGCUCAUUAAGGCAGAAGGCUAUAAUAUCUAUAGUGGAGAUAAGGAUUAA